CGCUGUGAAAGAACCCCACCACCCUCCAAAUCUCGCCAACGGGAAUCCACCACCGUAACCAUGCAUAGGCUGUUCAUCAACGCGUCUUCAAUCAUAGGUGAUAUACCUAGACAGUCCUAACAGAAAAUAUCACGUCCUCAAACCAGUCACGUGUACUCCAGACCAGAAGCAUGGCGAACCAAAAGCCCCUAUCCCACGACGCAGUGAUGGAGGCGGAUAACCCGGCCAUACAGGCGGUGGACUUCCAUCACCCAUACACACCCUAUUCCAUCCAAGAAGAGUUCAUGCAAACCGUCUAUUCCGUCCUCGAGCGCGGCGACUCCAGCGUCGGGAUCCUCGAAUCCCCAACAGGGACGGGGAAAUCGCUAUCCCUUAUUUGUGCCUCGCUGACGUGGUUGAGGGAAUAUAAGCGCCGAUGCUUUGAGGAGGGGAUGAAGAUGGAGGUUGCUGACGAGGAUGAGCCGGAGUGGGUUAUCGAGGCGGCUAAGGCGCGGAAGAGGAAGGAAUUGUUAAGACAUCGGGAGGAGAUGGAGAAGAGACUUGAGAAUGCGAGGAAGAAGGAGGCGGCGAUGAAGAAGAGGAUGUUAGCGGAAACUAAAGGCGGGAAGAGGAGGAGAGUUGAAGAGGGCGGUCUGGGAGUGGAGAAACAGGACGAUGAGGAACAAUUCGCGCUUGAUGACUAUGAGAGUGAUAGGGAAGCGGACGGUGCUUCGAAGUCGGGAAGUGCGACGGGUGGGCUGUCGGCGGAGACGCUGGCGUUGAUGGAUAAACUGGGUGUGGGUUAUGGGAAGGCGAGGGAGGAAGAGGAGGAGGAAGUUGAGGAGGAGAUUAAGAUCUUUUACUGCUCGAGGACGCAUUCUCAGCUCACGCAGUUUAUCAACGAGUUACGCCGUGUUAAGAUACCACCUGCUCUUCAGCCGGAACCUGCGCCUGUUAAGCCACUGCUGGAAGAGGAGUUUAAGCAUUUGACUUUGGGAUCAAGGAAGAACCUGUGUAUCAACCCUUCAGUUAACAAGCUUCGAUCUGCGACGGCGAUUAAUGAGCGGUGUAUGGAAUUACAGCAGUCUGGCACAGCGGCAGAUAAGAAAUGUGGCUUUCUUCCCAACCAACAGAACCAGCCUCUCGUCAACGACUUCCGCGAUCACGCACUGGCAACGAUACGAGAUAUCGAAGAACUAGGCGACCUCGGGAAGGAGCUGAAGAUAUGUCCCUACUACGCCUCACGAUCCGCCAUCAAACCCGCUGAGAUCGUGACACUACCCUAUCCCUUACUCCUGCAAAAGAGCGCACGAGAAGCGCUAGGCGUGAGCGUCAAAGGCCACGUUGUGGUCGUAGACGAGGCGCACAAUCUCAUGGAUGCCAUCGCCGGUAUCUACGGGAUCACAGUUUCACUAAGCCAGUUGAAACGAUCUCGAGCGCAGAUCGGACAGUACCUGCAGCGGUUUAGGAAUAAACUCAAGGGCAAGAAUAGGGUGUAUGUCGCGCAGGUUGUGAGGUUGAUUGAUUCGCUGGCGCAGUUUUUGGAUGGGAAGGCUGGGCAGAAGGGGGAGAUGGUGGUGGAGCCGAGUGAGCUGUUGGCGGGGAGGGGGGUGGAUCAGAUUGAUCUCUAUAAGCUGAUGAGGUACUUGCAGGAUUCUAAGCUGGCGAGGAAGGUUGAGGGGUAUAUCAUUUUUGCGGAGGGUGCUGCGGAUGCUGGAAACGCAGCUGGGAAGGCGAGAAAGCCAGAUGGGGCAUCCGAAGCAGCAACACCAACGCUGCAACAUAUCCAGUCUCUGCUAGUAGCGCUCACAAACCCAUCUAAGGAGGGAAGACUCUUCUACGCCAAAGAUCCCGAAACCUCCGACAUCCUCCUCAAAUACAUGCUCCUCGACCCAACACACCACUUCCAAGAGAUCGUCUCCGAAGCCCGAGCUGUCAUCCUUGCAGGCGGAACUAUGUCCCCCAUGGCGGACUACACGUCUCAUUUACUAUCCUAUUUACCAGCUGAGCGAAUCACGACUCUCAGCUGUGGGCACGUCAUCCCCAAGGAGAAUCUGCUUGCUUGGACGUUAUCAAAAGGGCCCACGGGGAAACCAUUCGAGUUUACAUUCAGCAAACGCGCGGGCCGCGAGGGGGAGGAGAUGAUAGAUGAACUCGGCCGUGCCGUGCUGAAUAUCUGCACCAUCGUCCCUGACGGCAUCGUCGUCUUCUUCCCCAGCUACUCCUACCUCGACACCGUUAUCAAGCGAUGGGAGGUUAUUCUUGAACCCGGCAGGCCUAGCAUCUGGGAGAGGUUGGGGAAGAGGAAAUCGCUGUUUAGGGAGGCUAAAGAUGCGAAGGUUGGAGCGGAAGAUGUGCUCACGGAAUAUGCUAAGGCUAUUGAUGGGAAUCAAGGCGGGCUGCUUCUCAGUGUUGUGGGAGGGAAAAUGAGCGAGGGGAUUAAUUUCAGCGAUCGUCUCGGUCGCUGUGUUAUCAUCGUCGGGUUACCCUUCCCCAACAUAAUGAGCGGGGAAUGGAAAGCAAAGAUGUCCUAUAUCGAAACCGCCACAAUCGAACGUCUAGAAGCCACUUCCGAAGGCACUCCAUCCAGUCGCCAAGCUGCAGGGAAGGCAGAAGCGAGGGAGUUUUACGAGAAUGCAUGUAUGAGGGCUGUUAAUCAGAGUGUGGGCAGGGCGAUUAGGCAUAAGAAUGAUUUUGCGUCUAUUAUCAUGGUGGAUGGGCGGUUUGGGAAGGAGGGGAUUAGGAGGAAGUUGCCGGGGUGGAUUAGGGAUGGGUUGGUGGAGGGGUGCGAGGGGAAGGGGUUUGGGGAGUUGAUGGGUGGGCUGGGGACUUUUUUUAGGAGUAAGAAGGUGACCUCUUAG